AUGUCUUCUUGUGCUGGAUCAACGAUCAAGGACAUCUUUGACUCGAGACAUAGCUUCUACAACUAUACAUCUGGAAGAUGGAUCAGAAUUGCUAACCAGUUUUCAAGGUACAAUGAAGCAAAGCGCCUAUCAGAGCGUCAUCUGCAUUUUAAUCUGCAUGUACUGCUAAAUAUCAUCGCUAAGUCCGUAGCUCGGCCAGAAAAUGACAUUACAGAGUUCUCUAAGAUUGGGGAAGGCGGCUCAUACCGCGUCUUCGAAGCCAAAUUCGAAGAUGGACUGGCAGUUAUUGCCCGGUUACCCUAUCCAUGUACCAUUCCGCCUACCUAUGGAAUUGCAAGUGAGGUUGCAACGAUUGAAUACCUUCGGCUGCAGGGCAUUCCUAUACCCAAGGUUCUGGACUGGAGCAGUUCCCCAGCCACUAAUCCGCUUGGGGCUGACCUUUAUUUUACGGACUCCUUACCGCACGGCACUGACAUGGUUGUUCUCCCUGGCAAUAGCACAUUUUGUGUCGGGCCUUCCACAGAGUACCUAUGGUGGCGGCUGUAUGGUAACAAGAAAGUAAGUCCGGAGGUACAAAUCCGUAACCUCGAAGACUUCCUUUCAGUUGCUCCGCAUAUAAUUCCAAGCCAGGAAUUCCUUAAUGAGCCAACUAUUCGUCACCCUGAUUUCUCACCGAAUAAUAUAUUUAUAGACGAGGCUGGGGAAAUCAGUGGCAUUAUUGACUGGGAACGCACUUCAAUCCUUCCUCUUUUUGUCCAAGCGAAGAUGCCAAGGUACUUUGAGAAUUAUGGAGAUGAAGACUCAGAGAAUUUUAAAUUCCCUGCGUUAAGGGAGGAUUUUAACUCGCUUCCUGACGAUGAAAAAGAACUGGAACAAGAAAUGUAUCGAAGGAGACAAACUCAUUACUAUUACCUCGGCUUUACCAGCCGCUAUAAUUUGAACCACUUUCGCACGAUGGGAAGCUACAGCGGUAUGAUGCGGAGCCGGUUAUAUGAUGUCGUCAAUCGCCCCUGGGAAGGCGAUAACACAACGCUUAAGGCAACCCUCAUCCAGAUGUCUUCCUACUGGCCGGGGAUUGCAGCUGCUGAAAUGAAAGACACACAGUACCCUUUGAAAUAUUCACCUGAAGAGGUUAAACAAUGUCUGAACCUGGAUGCGGAACAAAAGACCGCGAAUACUCAAAUGCAAAAUCUUAGGGAUGCUAUUGGGAUAAAUGUGGACGGCUGGGUGUCAAGAGAAAUGUAUGAAGAAGCAACGGAGCGAAUGGCUCAUAUAAAAGCACAUAUGCUAGAGAUUGCUGAGACGGAACAGGAUCGGGAAGACAUUUUGCAGAAAUGGCCAUUCCAGGAUCAUGAAGAGAUAGAUUAA